AUGGCGCAGUCCAACAUCAACAUUCUUCUUUCGACGUUUCCUGGUCUCUCUCUACCCUCAACGUUAUCGUUCAGCCUACCUUUUACAGCCAGCGUCGCCGACCUGACAGACAAAGUCACUUCAUAUCUCCCAUCCUCUCUUUCCCUCGAUCGACUUAUCCUGACCACGACCAACAACAAGCAAAUCUUCGCAUCGCCAGCUUCAGUCAAGUCAGUCAUCUCUGAACCUAAUGGCGCAACCUCAAAUAUACUCCCAAUUCGCCUUUCCGCACCUCUGUGCGGUGGCAAAGGUGGUUUCGGAUCCCAGCUGCGUGCUGCUGGUGGUCGCAUGGCAAGCAAGCGCAAGCGCAACCAAGGCGAUGCAAACAGCUCCAGUCGCAAUCUAGAUGGCCGUCGUUUGCGCACGAUCAACGAGGCCAAGGCGCUCGCGGAGUAUCUUGCUGUGAAACCUGAAAUGGACAAGCAAGAGAAAGAGGAGCGCCGGCGCCGCUGGCAAGCAGUCGUCGAACUGGCAGAAAAACGCCAAGACGAGAUCAAGAAUGGAGGUGGCAAACAAAAGAUUGAUGGUCAGUGGAUGGACGACAAGGAGGAAAUGAAUGAAAAGGCCCGAGAGGCAGUUCUUCAAGCAAUGAAGGACGGGGACUGGACGGACAACCUUCGAGAAACAAUUUUGGGAGGGUCAAGUACCAGUGCAAGCGAGGGCAGUGACGAAGACAUGUCCACUGUCUCCGAGGAAGACGAGGAAGAAGAACCGGUCAGCGGACCAUCUCCCACUGAUAAAGCGCCCUCCAAACCAGCCCCUCGCCGGUACAUUGGAUUCGACGACGACGACGAGUUUAUGAGCGAUUCGGAUGAAGAGCAAGCAGAGGAGAAUGAAGCCAAGGGUAAAGGCAAAGCUCGCGCAUAA